CUAUCAUGUAAAUAUGCGUGGUGAUGACAAGACUGCAACUCCUGAUGGAGAAGAAAAGGGAAAGAGGACGUAGAGCACGUCCCGAUUCCAUGCAGGGCGUAUGAAGAGGAAACAAGGGCUUUUAAUGCAAGACAACAAGGACGACGGGGGUGUCGCAAUUAAAGAGAUCACUGUGGAGAAAUGAACAUUCAUGUUAAAGCUUUUCAAAGCAAUCGGACUUCAUACAGGGCCGUCAGGGGAAAAGGACAGUGGCCAAUUGAAUCCAGCAGGGGGCAGUAAGGCCAUUUAAAGGACAUUAUGUGCCAGAGAAAGUCAAAAGAGAAGAACUGUCAUGAACUCUCUUCACUAGUCUGUUAUUUGAAGCCGCAGAGAAAAUGGCACUUGAGAAACUCAGGAAAGAAGACACUCUGGAAAUGAGGAAGCGAUUAAUCGGGCAGUCGUGUAGACUGUUUUAUUCAGACGACCCUGUGAAAAUAGUGCGGGCGAGGGGCCAAUAUCUAUUCGAUGAAAACGGCACCCGCUACCUGGACUGCAUCAGCAACGUCCAUCACGUGGGCCACUGUCACCCCAGCAUCACUGCGGCUGCGGCGGCACAGAUGGAGCUGCUGAACACAAAUACACGGUUCCUGCACGACAACAUGGUCGUGUAUGCGGAUCGCCUGAGGGCCACGCUGCCCGAGAAGCUGUGUGUGUUCUACUUCGUUAACUCCGGGUCAGAGGCCAAUGACCUCGCCCUACGCAUGGCGCAGCAAUACACCCGUCACGAUGACGUCAUCGUGCUUGACCACGCAUACCACGGGCAUCUCAUGUCCCUCAUCGACAUUAGUCCCUACAAGUUCCGGAAACUGGCGGGACAGAAAGAAUGGGUUCAUGUGGCCCCGUUACCAGACACCUACAGAGGCCUUUACAGAGAGGAUCACCCCGACCCCUGUCAAGCCUACGCUGAUACAGUCCAACACCUGAUAGAGGAGGUGCACAGGAAAGGUCGUAAGAUCGCGGCCUUCUUUGCGGAAUCGUUGCCGAGCGUUGGAGGACAAAUCGUGUUGCGAGGGUACUCGGCUAAAGUCGCAGAGUACGUGCGCGCAGCAGGUGGAGUGUUCGUGGCAGACGAGGUGCAGACAGGUUUCGGCCGCGUGGGGAGUCACUUCUGGGCCUUCCAGCUGCACGGGGAGGGCUUCUGUCCCGACAUAGUGACCAUGGGGAAACCCAUGGGAAACGGGCAUCCCCUGGCGUGUGUGGCUACCACUGUAGAAGUAGCCGAGGCUUUCACAGCCAACGGAGUGGAGUACUUCAAUACGUUCGGAGGGAAUCCGGUGUCCUGUGCAAUUGGCCUUGCAUUGCUCGAUGUAAUAGAGAAGGAGGACUUGAGAGGAAACGCCACCCGCGUGGGCGCACACCUUAAAGACCUGCUAAAAAAUCUACAACUACGGCAUCAAAUUAUUGGCGAUGUGAGAGGUGUGGGCCUGUUUGUGGGUCUCGAGCUGGUCACAGACCGGCAGCAGAAGACUCCUGCCACAGAAACAGCAGCGCGUGUGGUGAAGCGGUUAAAAGAGGAGGAUAACAUCUGCGUGAGUACAGAUGGCCCCUGGGAAAACGUCGUGAAGUUCAAACCCCCGAUGUGUUUCAGUAUGGAGGACGCAGAGCUGGUGGUACGAUGCAUUGACCGCAUCCUCACAGACAUGGAAGCCAGUGACGGUUAAACCGGGAAAGGAAGACAUCUACGGUGUUCAGAGCCAUUUACAGGCAUCACGUCCGUAGAAUGAGGUGGAAGCAGAUACAGAACCGUAACAGCCCAUCGUAAGAGUCGCCAGCUAUGGGACAUCUACUAUGCAACAUGCUAAUGGAACACUAAUCAAGUCCCACAGUAUGGUCUUUUAAUACCAAUAAAUAUUUUUUAAAACCUGA